AUGUCUGCCUCCAACGAAAACACGUUAGCCGAGGAAGAAGAAGGCAUGGAGGAGCAAGCGCAAGACGGCAGCGACGACGACGACGAAGGAGUCGACAUGGAGGAGGACGAAGGAGCGGACGGAGACGGUGACAAGAAGGUGUACGUGCCCGGAAUCGAGCCGCUUAAGCCGGGAGAGGAGCUGGAGAUGGACCAGUCUGCGUACCGCAUGUACCACGAGUGCCAAACAGGCGCGCCAUGUUUGAGCUUUGACAUCGUGGCGGACACCGACGGAGACGGCCGAAAGGAGUUCCCUCUGUCCAUGUUGUUGUGUGCUGGAACACAGGCUGACACCGCCAUGGCCAACAGACUGCUGGUCAUGCGCAUGCACAAUCUUCACGGAACAGAAAAAGAAAAGGAGGAAGAGGAGGAAAGCAGUGAUGAAGAAAGUGAUGACGAGGAAGAGGAUGAUGAAAAUAAAAAGCCGCAGUUAGAACUGGCCAUGAUGCCUCAUUUUGGAGGCAUUAACAGAGUCCGAGUGACCCAACGUGGAAACCAGACACUAGCCGCCGUCUGGUCCGAGAAGGCAAAGGUAGAAAUAUUUGAUCUGCGUGCUCAGCUGGAGGCAGUUCAUAGUUCUGCGGCCAUGGCGACGUUCAUGCAGCAGCAGAAGGAAGCAUCAGCGCUCUUCAGCUUCUCAGGUCACAUGACUGAAGGCUUUGCCAUUGACUGGUCACCUAUGGUGCCUGGUCGUCUAGUCAGUGGCGACUGUAAGAAAAACAUCCACGUAUGGGAACCGCAAGAAGGUGGAGCCUCAUGGCGGAUUGACCAGCGGCCGUUCAGCUCGCACAGCAAGUCCGUGGAGGACCUGCAGUGGUCGCCGACUGAAGCAACGGUUUUUGCAUCAUGCUCAGUGGAUCAGUCCAUCCGUGUUUGGGAUAUCAGGGCCCCGCCCAACUCCAUGCUGUCGGCCAACGAAGCCCACGAGUCAGACAUCAACGUCAUCAGCUGGAACAGAACUGAGCCGUUCCUUCUUUCUGGAGGGGAUGACGGGCUUCUCAAAGUGUGGGACCUGCGGCAGUUUAAGUCUGGGCGACCAGUGGCCAACUUCAAACAGCACUGUGCCCCCAUCACUUCGGUGGAGUGGAACCCAGUGGACUCGAGCGUUUUCGGUGCAUCCGGAGCUGACGAUGUGGUCAGCCAGUGGGAUCUGUCGGUGGAAUCGUGCGACGUGGGCGCCAGGGUGGAAGGCAUGAAAGACCUCCCCCCGCAGCUGCUAUUCCUGCACCAGGGCCAGUCGGAAAUCAAGGAGAUACACUGGCACCCGCAGAUCCCCGGCGUCAUGAUUUCCACGGCACUGUCAGGAUUUAACGUGUUCAGGACGAUAUCAGUGUAG